AACUUCCAGUAAACUGAAACUUGGCUUCGUUUCGAUGCUCCAAGCUCGUCACCCAAAGUGACCGCUGUCCUUUGAAACUACAUUUCGAUGCAUUUUCUGCGGGUAGAGCGACACGGAAUAUUAUACUCCAGCCACAUUUAUUUGGGGACUUAACUUGGAGCUGAACGUCCGCGUCGAAUUUGUUGUAGCAAUACAGUCAAGUCAUUUUAACAGAUCAUUCCGCAGACAUCUUUGUUUGGACGUCUUUCCGAUCUCAAAGACCUCGCCAGUGGGGCCUGAAGUGGACUUUAAAUGGCUGCAACACAGAGCUGUGAUUCAUUCACUUCGAUUCAGACUCCGUCAUCCCUUCCUACCAUGUCAAAGGUCUCCGUUCCUCUGGAGGUCCUGGAAGAGAUCUUCUUGAAUCUUCCCCCUCAGCAGGUGGUCUUGAUUUGUCGGUUAGUGUGCCGUCAAUGGAAAGCCAUUGCUGACAGCCAGUUUUUGUGGAGAGACAGAUGCAGGAGAGAAGGCCAUCACCUGCUCAAUGCUUCCAGAGUUCCCCAAGACUGGCGCUCAUUUUACUUCUUGUGCAAGAAGAAACGGAAUCUUCUCAAGAACCCAUGGGGAGAAGAUGAAAUGAGAGGUUGGCAGAUACUGGAGAACAAUGGUGACCGCUGGAAAGUAGAGAAUGUCUUCGUGGCGCAUCCCAGGGAAGGCAUUAAGAGCAACUUCGUCACUUCAUAUGGCAUGUGCAGCAAAUCCCAGCUGAUUGAAUUGGAGUCCGAAGGUUACAACGCAUCAUUUAUGGAUCACAUACAGCCAGACAUCAAAAUAUCCGACUGGUAUGCCCCUCGAUGGGACUGUGGCUGUCAAUACAAGAUCCACGUGGAGCUGCUGAAUCAAAAGAAGAAGCCAAUUCAGAUCUUUUCCCCUGAGGAGAUUUAUUUUGAGCAGUGGAACGAUGGCAAAUGGAAACAGAUAACACACGUUUUCCACAACUAUGGGCCAGGAGUCAGAUAUAUCCGCUUUGUCCAUGGUGGCAAGGACACACAGUUCUGGGCCGGAUGGUAUGGAAUUCGACUGACGGACAGUUGUGUCGAGAUCUGUCCCGCAAUGGAAACAUAGUUCCAUGGUCUUCACCAAAUGUGAUGUGUCAGCACAGUUCCAGGACUGGUAUCACAACAGAUACAUUUCAAAUCCAACCGUUUUGUUUUGUAAGAGCUUCUUAUUGGCCUGCAACUGUGAGCAGCCGUGAGUUAGUUGCCCUGCCACAACUCUCGCAGGGUGUCUUUGUUGACGUGCUGUUUGAGCUUUUGGCCUUCCUGAAAACGGAGACCUUGUUAGUUGGCUUUGAAAUCUCCUACUUGUGACACAAGUCCUGGAGCCUUUCUGACACGCCUGCUAUGUGCUUCCCUCCUGCAUUUUGCACUGUAUUGCACUAUUUUUGCAAAUGUCACAUUAGGAGCAUUUGCUACCACGCAAACUUCAGCUUAUUUUGGUUGUAGUCAAGAAUUAUAUUAAUUAAAUUACAUGUAAUGACUCUACAGUGGUGUCUUGAGAUAUACAUUGGGCUGUUGCUUACAUUUGCAGAAAAACAGUCACAUUAUAAAUAAAA